UAAAAGGGACGAAGGAGUAGAGAUGCUUAAACUUGUUUCCAAAGUAACCAUUCAUGCAGCCCCAAUUUGAAGUUACCACUCCUUCAAUCCGUGGAGGUACUUGAAAUUGAAGGAUUGGAGUCAAGCUGUGGUGAUGAUGGCAUGGGUUCCCUCCCAGAAGGAAUUGUGCAGAAUAUGCAUCAUGUUAAGGUACUACCUCAUUAACUGGGUAGCCUGGGCUCACUCCAAGAACUGCUAAUUUCAAAUUGUGGUGAGCUGGAGCCUUUGUAAGAGAAUGUUCUUGAAGGUCUGAAUUGUCUUCAAAGUUUGACAGUUCUUGGGUGUGGGAAGCUAAAAUCAUUGUCAGAAGGUGUAGGACACCUAACUUGUCUCCAAUCCCUUUAUAUCUUUGAAUGCCCAGAACUAAUGAGUCUGCCAAGAAACGUGAAUCAGCUAACUUCCCUGAAUCAUGUUGAAAUCUUGGGAAGAAGGGGCCAUAACCGUGUGGCACCAGAAGGCCUUCAACGUAUCCCUUCCCUUGCAACUCUGAUUCUAGGUGGAGUAGAUUCAUUGGAGAAGAGAUGCAAGAGAGACACAGGAGAAGAUUGGCCAUACAUUGCAUUUGGAACACACACUUUCGUUUUGUGAUCUCUCUGGGUCAGAAUUGCAUAGAUAGAUGUACCAUACAAAGAAUCAUCAGAUGGUCAACACCACAACCAAGAAUCAGUGGUUACUAUGGAACAAGCAUGUACUACAUGGACUUGGUCUUGAAACGUAGGCCACCCCUAUCCUCUUCCAACCUUCUGAUUUGUUUUCCACUGGCUGCUUCUUUAAGACUAUGGAGCACAAAAAUCCAAUAUGUUCAAACUUCAAAGUUGGCUCCUUCUGAUGCAAUUUGCCAACUUGCAUGGUCACAGCUUUCACAUUCUGAACCGUAGCAAUAAUUCGGAGAAUAAUACUAAUACUCAAUUUCAUAAUAUAUAUGGUAGAUCUAUCUUCCUCUUAGUGCACCACCAAACAAGACUCUCUAAGCAUUCCUUCAUUCAUUCUAUAAUGGCAGACGCUUUACUUGAAAUUGUCAUUGGAAACUUGAACACUUUUAUACAGGGUGAGCUUGCAGCUUUCUGGGGUGUUGACUCACAAGCUCAAAAGCUAUCCUCGAGCCUCAAAAUGAUUCGAGCUGUUCUUCAAGAUGCUGAAGAGAGGCAGAUAAAGAGUAAUUCCGUGAAGCUUUGGCUGCAGGAUCUUUCAGAUGCAGCAUAUGUUUUAGAUGAUAUCUUGGAAGAUUGUUCAACACAGUCAAACCUGCUACAACUUGAGCAAACAAGCUCUGGGGUUGUAAGAAGGGCACACGGCACAUGGUUGGCCUCUUUGCAUCCCAAGUCACUUUAUUUCCGCCGUGAUGUCGCCAAGAGGAUGAAAGAGAUCACUAACAGGCUCCAUGAGAUUGAUGAAAGAAGGAGGACGUUUGAGUUGCGUACAGGUGUUAUAGAGAGGCAACAGGAAGAUGAUCAACAGCGUCAAACUAUUUCUACCAUCCCUGAGCACCCGAAGUUUGGAAGAGUCGAAGAUAAAGAGAAGAUUGUAGAGUUUCUCACCAAGCAUGCCAGUAGCAUUGAUGGGGUCUCAGUGUAUCCUGUUGUUGGUAUGGGAGGUCUUGGCAAAACAACACUUGCUCAAUGGGUCUUCAAUGACGAGAGGGUGGAGCAACAUUUUAAUUUGAGGAUUUGGGUUUGUGUUUCUACAAACUUCAAUAUGAUGAGAAUUCUACAGUCCAUUGUAGAAUCCUCCACCGGAGUGAACCCAAACCUCUCCACUUUAGAAGCAAUGCAAAACAAAGUUCAACAAGUGUUGCUGGACAAACGGUGUUUGCUUGUUCUAGAUGAUGUGUGGGAGAAUGACAAAUGGGAGGACUUGAAGUCUGUGCUGAAUUCUAGAGGUAGUGAAACCAAAGGUGUUUCAAUUUUGGUCACAACACGUGAUCAGAUUGUUGCAUCUGCCAUGGAAACAUGCCCUACUCAUCACUUACAGCCAUUACCUCAGGAUGAGAAUUGGUCAUUGUUCACACACUAUGCAUUUGGUCCAAACAAGGAGCAGCCUGCAAAGCUGGUGGAGAUUGGCAAGGAAAUCGUCAGAAGAUGUGUGGGUAAUCCCCUUGCAUCCAAAGUUGUUGGAAGCCUUUUGGGUAUUCAAAAAGAGGAAAAAGAAUGGCUCAAUGUGUUGGAAAGUAAGUUUUGGGACAUUGAUGGUGUCAUGGGUGCUUUGAGACUAAGUUAUUUUCAUUUGAAGCCAUCAUCACGGCAAUGCUUUUGUUUUUGUGCUCUCUAUCCUGAAGAUUUUCGAAUCUCAAAGGAACAGCUAAUUCAUCUUUGGAUGGCCAAUGGACUAAUUAAAUCCAAAGGGCAUUUGGAGGUUGAAGAUGUUGGUAACCAGCAAUGGGAGGAGCUGCUCCAGAGAUCAUUUUUUCAAGAAGUAUCAAUUGACAAGUAUGGAAACACCACCUUCAAGAUCCAUGAUUUAUUCCUUGAUCUUGCCCACUCCAUAGUGGGAGAAGAGUAUAAAGCUUAUGGUGAGUCUGCAAGCUUGACCGAUUUGUCAAGAAGGGUCCGUCAUGUAAGUUACUCUGGCUUUCCUGAGUUAAAUCAGAAUACCUUGAAGAAUAUUGAGUCCUUGAGGACUUUUAUUGAUCUUGAACCAGCAAUUAGCAAUUUCCUCAUUAGAUAUCCAGUAUUGGUUUUGCAUAAAGUGCAGUUAUAUAAUUCUCUCCGAGCAUUGCGUACAGGAUCUUCUGAACUCUCUGCACUGAAAAGUUUAACACAUUUGAGGUACUUGAAUAUUUACAAUAGUUACAUUACAAAGUUGCCAAAAUGUGUUUCUAGGCUGCAGAAAUUGCAAAUUCUAAAGCUAGAACAAUGCCAUGUUCUUACUUGUCUGUCCAAACACAUAUCGAAGCUGAAGGAUCUCAGGCAUCUCUUAAUUGAAGGAUGUUGGUCAUUAAUAGAAAUGCCUCCAAAAAUGGGGGAGUUGAAACAACUGAAAACACUGAAUAUUUUUAUUGUGGAUUCAAAAGCCAAACAUGGCUUAGCAGAGUUACAUGAUUUACAGCUUGGUGGAAGACUACACAUUAAAGGUCUCGAGAAUGUCCAGAGCGAACAUGAUGCUAGAGAGGCUAAUUUGAUGAGUAAGAAGGAGCUGAGUUAUUUAUAUUUGUCUUGGAAUUCUAAUUCUAAUUCUAAUUCUAAUUCAUUAUGCAUUAGUCCAGAGAGAGUACUUGAAGCCCUUGAGCCUCCCCCUAAUCUCAAGAAUUUUGGGAUUAAUGGUUACAGGGGAUCAGAAUUCCCUGGUUGGGUGAGAAAUACUAACAUCUUUUCAAGCUUAGUUAAUGUUAUACUCUUUGACUGCAACAACUGUGAGCAGAUUCCUCCACUUGGUAAAUUACCACAUUUAGAAAGUCUUUAUGUAUCUGGUAUGAAAGAUGUGAAGUACAUUGAUGAAGACUCGUAUGAUGGAGUGGAGGAGAAGGUGGCCUUUAAGUCCCUAAAGGAGCUGACUUUGAGAAACUUGCCAAAGUUAGAGAGGAUUGUAAGGGACGAAGGAGUAGAGAUGCUCCCACUUGUUUACAAAUUAACCAUUUCAUGCAUCCCCAAUAUGAAGUUACCACACCUUCAAUCCGUGGAGGUACUUGAAAUUAAAGGAUUGGAAUCUGACAAUGAAGACGUGGCUUCCGUUCUGGAAGAAAUCUUUCUGAGUGUGCGUUGUGUUAAGCAGCUCACGAUUCGUAGCUUUCCCAAACUGAAGGUGUUAACCCAAGAACUGGGCACCCUUAGCUCACUCCAGGAGCUGGAUAUUGAUGAUUGUGUUGAGCUUGAGUCCUUCGUAGAGAAUGUUUUUCAAGGCUUGAGUUUUCUUCGAAAAUUGACCAUUUCCGAUUGUCCAAGACUAAAAUCCUUGUCUAGUGUUGCAGAACACCUAACUUGUCUUGAGUUCCUUACUAUAUGUUCUUGGCCAGAAUCGAUGACUCUACCAACUAACAUGAAUAAGCUAACUUCCCUCCAUGAUGUUAUUAUCAGUGGUAGAGUACCAGAAGGUCUUCAAUGUAUCCCAUCCCUCAAACCUCUGAUGCUAUUUGAAGUGGAUUCAUUGCCAGAGUGGUUGGGAGAUAUGACUUCUCUGCAACACUUAUACAUUGGUGGCUCUCCAAGGAUAAGGUCAGUUCCAAGUAGCUUUCGAAACCUGACAAACUUGCGUUCCCUCACAAUUUAUGAUUGUGCUCGGCUGGAGCAGCGAUGCCAGAGAGAGACAGGGCAAGAUUGGCCAAACAUUGCUCACGUUCCACACGUUGACAUUCGCGAGCAGCAACAUAGAUAUACAAGUUGGGAAAUGGCCAAAUUCAAAUGGAAUUUGAGGAGGUCAAACAUAUCAAAACAUCCAAAUUUUUCAUUUGACGAAAUGGUUGAAGAUCUACAUAAGCAGAAGCAAGAUUAGUACUCACUCGUGCCUUCAUAGUCUAUGUUUCAGGAUAAGGUGGCAGUAUAUGCAUGCAUACAUACAAUCACACAUAUUGGAAGAAACCUUUUGCUGUUAAUUGCACGGAAGCACCAACCAACUCAUAUUCUCCCCUUCAACAAAACUUGGCCCUGCUGUGUUUUUGCCAAUGUCUUUUUGAUUUAAAAUUGUGUUUUAGAAUUUUAUAUUCUGAAUAUGUUAACCUAUUUGUUAGUUAUUCAUGAGUGGUACUACAUUAGUUUGUGAUGGAAACUGUAUUGGACAGUUAUUUUUAUACACUUUAUUUGAUGGAAAAAAAAGACUAGGGUUCCUAAAACACUGUACUAUGUACCAUCAUAGUAUAUUGAUUCAAACUGGAUUCUAUUUCUAUAUAUACUAUUUUCAGAUGGGUUAUUGUGGA